CCCUAUUCCUGAAUGGUAAAUUUCACUAAUUGAAAGAACUCUUUACCAAUUUGACCCUGCCUGUUGAAAAUACAGAAUAUUUUUUUGCCUUCAAUGUUGGAGAUUUGUCAUUGUUCUUACCCCAAAGAAGGACUUUUUGUGCAUAUAGAGGUAGAAUGUUACUGAUCACUGUUCCUAGCUCUAAAUGAAGUUUGCCUAGACGGAGCCACAAACGCCUACUACGUGAUGUAUGUACCCGGUACAGGAUAAUAGUCAUUUGCAGAAAAUAAGUUUUACAUUUGGCCUUCUGGCCAUCUGAUAUUUGAGUGCCUUGAAAGGAGAAAGAAUUCUUCCCUUGAGGAAGAAAUGCUCCCAUACUCUUGCGAUUCUUAGCAUUAGGGUCAGCGUCUUACAGGAAUAUAAAAGUCCUUGAAGAGACAUCUGUUAAGUGUGAAAUAGAGCUACAUGGCAAUAAAAGAUCACACAGCACAAAGUAAUGGCCUGAUUAAUGAUUAAGGUCAACUUCGAACAUGAGGUUUCAGGUGGUCUUAUAGAAAUAAAGGCUCUUCAAAGUUGUUUAUGAUAGUAAAAAUAUCUUAACAGUUUCAUUGCAUGUAGUUUGCUAGAUGAGCGUGAAAGUAUAGCCAUACAUACACAACACUCAAUACAAUCAUGAAAAUUGGCUGCAGGCCGGGCGCGAUGGCUCACGCCUGUAAUCCCAGCACUUUGGGAGGCCAAGGCGGGUGGAUCACCUGAGGAGGUCAGGAAUUCGAGACCAGCCAACAUGGAGAAUCGCUUGAACCCGGGUGGCGGAGAUUGCAGUGAUCCCAGAUCAGGGACUGUACUCCAGCCUGGGCAACGGAACAGACUCUGCAAAGGAGAGAAAAAAAAAAGUCGGUUGCAGAGGGCGAAAGUGGAUCUCGGAACCUUUAUGUUGGGGAUCUUUUUUCGGGAGGGACCGGAAAAGAGGUGGGAUCGUUUGUCGCGAUGUGGGGCGGCGGUAAGCUGGGCUCCUCGGUGGGUUGGUUUUUAAGAGUGCUGGGGCCUGGAGGCCGUAAUACAAAAGCUGCACGUCCUCUAAUUUCCUCGGCGGUUUAUGUGAAGAACCAGCUCAGUUGGAUGCUACAGAUUAAACCAGGGGUUUUCAAUGAAUACAGAACCAUGUUCAAAUCCUACAGGACGACCUUUUCCUGUCUGAACAGAAUAAAGAGUUUCAGGUACCCUUGGGCGAGACUGUACAGUACUUCCCAAACCACUGUCGACAGCGGGGAGGUAAAAACCUUCUUGGCCCUGGCUCACAAAUGGUGGGAUGAGCAAGGAGUAUAUGCACCUCUUCAUUCCAUGAAUGACCUGAGGGUGCCAUUUAUUAGAGACAAUCUUCUGAAAACAAUUCCUAAUCACCAGCCAGGAAAACCUUUGUUUGGGAUGAAGAUUCUUGACGUUGGCUGUGGUGGUGGGCUGUUAACUGAACCUCUAGGGCGGCUUGGGGCUUCAGUUAUUGGAAUCGAUCCUGUGGAUGAGAACAUUAAAACAGCACAGUGCCAUAAAUCAUUUGAUCCAGUCCUGGAUAAGAGAAUAGAGUACAGAGUGUGUUCCCUGGAAGAGAUUGUGGAAGAGACUGCAGAAACAUUUGAUGCUGUGGUAGCUUCUGAAGUUGUAGAACAUGUGAUUGAUCUAGAAACAUUUUUACAGUGCUGCUGUCAAGUGUUAAAACCCAGUGGUUCUUUAUUCAUUACUACAAUCAACAAAACACAGCUUUCCUAUGCCUUGGGAAUUGUUUUUUCAGAGCAAAUUGCAGGUAUUGUACCAAAAGGUACUCAUACAUGGGAGAAGUUUGUUUCACCUGAAACACUAGAGAGCAUUCUGGAAUCAAAUGGUCUGUCAGUUCAAACAGUGGUAGGAAUGCUCUAUAACCCCUUCUCAGGUUACUGGCAUUGGAGUGAAAAUACCAGCCUUAACUAUGCAGCUCAUGCUGUGAAAUCCGGGGUCCAGGAACACCCAAUGUCUGCUGAGUUUGCUUUCAAGGGAGAAACAGAAGAGCUCCAAGCUAAUGCGUGCACCAAUCCAGCUGUGCAUGAAGAGCUGAGGAAAUGAAUUGUUUCUGAGGACUAUAGUAAUAUGGCUUGGACAUCUGAUGUUUUCAAAUAUAAGAAAUAUAUCAUUUAUCCUUUGAGAGAGAAUCAUGAAGAAAAGAAGGUCAAUAAAAAGGGCUAAAACCUUGAUCAAAAGUUUUUGUUAUUUCAUCUAAUAGCUACUUGCAAGGGAUUCUAUGAAUAAAAAGUUUUGUCAAGAUA